CGGCGCCGAUCCGGAUGCCCGAGGCCGAAGGAUGUUUGACCUCCGGAUAAGCGAGGCGCCGCUGUGCAUUCAUUGCCGGCUGCAUCGGUGGCGACAGCAGCGGCCCGGGCGGCGACUCUCCGGCCAGCGGCGGCGAAGUUGCUGAUCUGUAUGAAUUAUUGGAGGGUUGAAUGAUUCUGUAUUUCCAUAUCAAUUUUAGGACUGACUUAUCGAUUCCACCUGUGAACAUAUUGUUUGGAGUUGGUUGCUUUUCAUCUCUCUAUCAAUAGCACCUCACGUCAUUAAAAAGAUAACUUUGAAGACAUGUUUUGCUGAAAAGACAGCUGAGCAAAAUUUUCACGAAUGGGAUGAACACGCUCCAGUUAACUGACUACCUACUGCAGUUUGAAUGUUAACGUUGCCCACUUGGUACAGCACCCUAGUGAUGUACCUGCUCUCACAAUACCCUAUUUCAGUGUGCUGGUCUUGAUUCAAGAAUUCAAAGUGGAGUACCGCAAACUUGAUAUGGAUAAUAAAAAGAAAGACAAGGACAAAUCAGAUGACAGAAUGGCACGGCCUAGUGGUCGAUCGGGGCACAGUGCUCGAGGAACUGGUUCUUCUUCUUCUGGAGUUUUAAUGGUUGGACCUAACUUCAGAGUUGGAAAGAAAAUCGGAUGUGGCAAUUUUGGAGAAUUACGAUUAGGGAAAAAUUUAUACACAAAUGAAUAUGUGGCAAUUAAACUGGAGCCCAUGAAAUCGAGAGCACCACAGCUGCAUUUGGAAUACAGAUUCUACAAGCAGUUAGGAUCUGGAGAUGGUAUACCUCAAGUUUACUAUUUUGGCCCUUGUGGUAAAUACAACGCCAUGGUGCUGGAACUGCUGGGGCCUAGUUUAGAAGACCUGUUUGAUUUGUGCGACAGGACGUUUUCUCUGAAAACAGUUCUCAUGAUAGCUAUACAGCUGAUUUCUCGCAUGGAAUAUGUCCAUUCAAAGAACUUGAUAUACAGAGAUGUAAAACCUGAGAACUUCUUAAUAGGACGACCAGGAAAUAAAACCCAGCAAGUUAUUCAUAUUAUAGAUUUUGGUUUGGCAAAAGAAUACAUUGAUCCAGAGACAAAGAAACAUAUACCAUACAGAGAACACAAAAGCCUUACGGGAACAGCUAGAUACAUGAGCAUAAAUACGCACUUAGGAAAAGAACAAAGUAGAAGAGACGAUUUAGAAGCUUUAGGCCAUAUGUUCAUGUAUUUUCUGAGAGGCAGUCUUCCUUGGCAAGGCUUAAAGGCUGACACAUUAAAAGAGAGGUAUCAGAAAAUUGGAGAUACUAAACGAGCCACCCCGAUAGAAGCGCUGUGUGACAAUUUCCCAGAAGAAAUGGCAACAUAUCUUCGUUAUGUAAGAAGGCUAGACUUCUUUGAAAAGCCAGACUAUGACUACUUAAGAAAGCUUUUUACUGAUUUGUUCGAUCGAAAAGGAUACAUGUUUGAUUAUGAAUAUGACUGGAUUGGUAAACAGUUGCCUACUCCAGUGGGUGCAGUUCAGCAGGAUCCUGCUCUGUCGUCUAACAGGGAAGCACAUCAGCACAGAGACAAGAUGCAGCAAUCCAAAAACCAGUCGGCAGACCCCAGGGCAGCUUGGGACUCCCAGCAGGCCAAUCCCCACCAUGUGAGAGCUCACCUUGCAGCAGACAGACAUGGUGGCUCGGUACAGGUUGUAAGUUCUACAAACGGAGAGUUAAAUACAGAUGACCCUACUGCUGGACGUUCAAAUGCGCCCAUCACAGCCCCUACAGAAGUAGAAGUGAUGGAUGAAACUAACUGCCAGAAAGUGUUGAACAUGUGGUGCUGCUGUUUCUUCAAACGAAGGAAAAGGAAAACCAUCCAGCGCCACAAGUGACCCUGGCCGCGGACCCGUCUCCCCGCCGUCUGGUCUGACGGAAUCAUCGCUGCAGUGCCCACGGUUCUCAAGACUCACUCCUGGAGACGGAGGCGUCCUAUCCCAGACUUCACUUUGUGCUUGUCUUACAUCCAUUUUUUUUUUUUUUCUAAUUUUAUGGAAGCUUUAAAGUUUUGUGGAAACACGAGCGCUUUGCCCAUCGGUGAGUGGAGCGGACCAGUGAGGUGGUGUCCAGAUGCGCUCGUGCGGAACUUUCUUCACAGGCCAGGUGUGUCCUGGAUCUGGGCUUUAUGGCUUCGGUAGGAGCCCCUCACAGAGGGCUUCCUCCCUGAGGACGGCACAGCAGACAAGCCCAGCUGCUCCUGUGUUGUGACACCUGCAUCCCUCGCAGGUCAGACUGAUGCCCUCUGUGAAGUCCCGGUGCAGGCACCGCCCGUGGUCCGCAGGAGAGCGCCCUGGGUCCGGAGAGAGAGCACCCGCGGCCCAGAGAGAGCGCCUUGGGUCUGGAGAGAGCGCCCUGUCUACAGAAGAGUGCCCUGGGUCCACAGGAGAGCGCCCGCGGCCCAGAGAGAGUGCCCUGGGUCUGGAGGAGAGCGCCCGUGGCCCAGAGAGAGCGCCCUGGGUCCUGAGAGAGUGCCCUGGGUCCUGAGAGAGCGCCCUGGGUCCAGAGAGCGCGCCCUGGGCCGUGCGCAGCCCCCUGUGGCAGAAGCGGCAAGAUUGAGUCUUUUUUCAAACGCAAAAUAUUUGUAAAAUGUUAUCUUUAUGCUUCCAGAUAAUAGUGUGUGUCAGACAGCAAGAAGUGAAUACUUGGAGAUGUGAUGUGUGUUGAAGUUUUCAGAAAAACACAAGCUACACUAUGGAGAAGACCUGAGCAUGCGGCCCCACCGAGUGAGGCUGAGCCUGGCCUAGCGCCGGACCUCCCCUGCCCUGCCCAGAGAUGUGGCCGUGCAGGCGGCCGUGUCUGUUAUCGGUUAUUUUUCUCUUUGAUACAAAGGCCCCCAGCAAUAAAAACUGGGUCCCUCGAUUGCCCUCUGUGCGUGUUGGUGUCUUGCGUUCAGCUCUGCUGGUUCCCCGGAAUGCUCCUAUUGCUUAGCGAGGUUUCCGUGGUUGAAGAACGCGUGGAGAGGAUGGGUCAGGUGCUUGGCUCCUAGUCUUUUGCAGUCUUUCGAAGUGCCUGCAUAUGAGUAGAGUGACAGUUCUGUGAAGAAGGAAGCCCAUUCCACCUUUCAAGUCUGCUUUGUUUUAAGCCAUAAAGACACAGGUGUACUUUUGUCCUAGCCAGGAUUUUCAAGAAGGGUUAAAACAAUACAUCUGGCUGGAAAGAUAAUUACAUUGCUCAAGUCUCGUGUGCACCCUUCAUUUAUAAAUUGUCGCCUGCUCUCUUUGUCUCUAAGCGCAUGUCUCCAGGUGUGCGUAUUUAUUUUUAUUGUCUCAAGGUAACAUUUAAAAUGCGUAUUAAAGGAAAAGAAAUCCACAAUUUUUACUUUACUAUUACAUUUACAUGGAUUUAAUUAUACUUUGUAAUUUAUUUUUCUUUUUAGCCAGAAGUUCAGUGCGUUGUUUUUGAAGAAUUAGGCACCCAUCACCAAUCAGGACGUUGUGUAUCUUGUUGCUCUGAUGCCGACGAAUGACCUUUUCUUGAUUUCAAAGACCUGCACUCAGCCUCGAAAACAUUUGCUGUAUAAUUUGGUCAGCAGUUUCAUCCUAUUUAUAUACUGUCAUGAUAACUUAAACUACAGGAGCUGUAUACUGAGUUUUUAUUUUUGUUUGCUUGGAGCAAGGUAGAUGGAUGUUUUGGCCAUUAUAAUGUGAAACCACUUCUUUCUUUACAGUAUUUGACCAAAUGUGUGUGUCUAUGAUAUUUGUAAAUACAUGCGAUAUGUGUAUUUCUUAUCAUAAGCCUAUUUAGUUUUAUCCUCAGUAAGGUUUUUUGGACUGUACAGUGUUUAUAUGAUCUGAACUCCUUAUACAUAAGAAGGUGUGUAUAUUAAUCCAAUUAUGGACUUAAAAUAUUUUAAAAGUAUAAAUACCCUUAUUUGCUGCAAUGACCAGUGUGUAGACAUUUGCUUUUUAGCAAUAUUUUUAAGUGCUCCAUUUUAAUGCCAAGGAGUCAGUCUUUCGGCAGCACAAACUGGUCAAUAAUAGGUAAUGCAGGUAUGUUCAGGUUAAGCCAACAAUGUUUUGCAUUUUUAUGCUUCUUUUCUGUCAACACUAAUGAAGUCAACAUUGCCUGAAUGUCUGAAUAAUGAAACACAUCCCUGUUUAAAAAUAUGUAACUGAAAAAAAAAAAAAGAAAUAAAAAAUAAAGGUAGUUUUUUUAAACUUGCUUUUUCCCCUUUCCUCUAGUCAUGGGUAAAAUAAUGCCACUCAGUAAUUUAAGACGAAUCCCAUCUGUUGUAUGUGAGAAGCAGAACUAAAAGGAUAUACUUUUCAUUUGUUGUUUUUGUUUUCUUUGUUGGACGUAGUUGUAAAGAGCACACACCAGGAAGGAUCUAAGCUUUCUUUGUCUUUAAACUUUUUUUAAUACUUCUCUGAACUACUUAGUACAGCAAUUGACUAACAAUAAUCUCUUCUAAUAAACUAAGAAAAAAAGAAUUGUUUAUUCCUCCAUGAAAGUGGAAUCAGACUAUGUUCUCAGAAAUUUAGCAUUAUUAAUCCAGCUUCAGGAAUGACUGGAAACCAUUGCCGACAGUGUUCCUCAGGUUGUCACCGCGCUAGGGGCUGUAAGAGGUUCUACAAAAUGGCGUUAGUGGCGCUCAGCUUGCUGAAGUGUGCUACAGGUAAGAGGAGGUACAGCAGCAAGCACCCGGCCCAGGAGCAGUGGAUCCAGUAACCGCUGCAGUCCGUGAGAGGCGGGCGGAGGAUCUGGAGAUUAUGCGUACCAUUGAAAGGCCCUCUCUGGGAAAACCUCCCUUAGGAUUGGGCUUGCAGCCUGAGUGAAUUACAAGUGACAGAACAGCAGCCUGGCUUAAGCAGGAGUAGUGCAGAUGAGCUUGCUUAACUGCCAGGUGCAGUGCUAGCACUGGAUUCUGUGUGCUUCAUGCUGGUGUUGAGAGCGGGAAGGUGCAUAUCUCUUGGUCUUUUGUUCACCCCGCUGUCUUAUUUCAGGCACACUCCCCUUUUGUGAUGGCUUGAGACUCCCACUGUACCCUCUUAGUAACCUCAGCACAGACAAAGGGCCAUUUUCCUCAACAGUUGCAGCAGAAUCCCAGGACUGCCUUUAUUUCCCCAUUUCUUCACUUGCUGCCUACCCUGUGCUCAUUGCUGUGGACAAGGGAGUGCUGGUCUCUUGGUGGCUGGCCCUCAAACCUACGUCCACUUUGAUCACCCUGAGAAAUGAGUGAGAAAGAGGAUUAAGCAGAAGGAAAUGAAGACACUGUUGUGAGAAAGAUAGUGAACUACUAGAGGCAAAAUCAAUGGCUUUUCACUUUUGUGCUGGGAAAAAAUGUAUCAAAAUGCUGAACCUUAUUUUAAAUAGAAAAUAUUGGGAAUUUUCUAAGUAUUAAUACAUUAUAUGAAAUCAUUUAUGUGGUGAAUGUGUAAAUUUGAAACGUGUUUUGUGCUUAGGUGAAAAGUUAUAAAGAUCCCUGCUUGGUGUGCUUUUUUGUUUAGCUUUCCAGGGUUCUGGUGAUAGAAUUGGGUUAACAGAGUUAAAAAGCAGUGAUUUUUUUUUUCUGACCAGAGUACAAAGAAGUGGAAUGACAAAGUUUCACUGUUAUUCAGUGUAUCUGGUUUCUUCUCUGCCCCCCCCCCCUUUUUUUUUUGACAGGCAGAGUUAGAGACAGAAAUGUCUUCCUUCCAUUGGUUCACCCCAAAAAUGGCUGCUAUGGCCGGCGCGCUGAUCCGAAACCAGGAGUCAGUUGCUUCCCCCUGGUCUCCCAUGCGGGUGCAGGGCCCAAGCACCUGGGCCAUCCUCCACUGCCCUCCCUGGCCACAGCAGAGAGCUGGACUGGAAGAGGAGCAACUGGGACAGAAUCCAGCGCCCCGACCGGGACUAGAACCCCGGGGUGCCGGCGCCACAGGCGGAGGAUUAGCCUAGUGAGCCAUGGUGCUGGCUGCCCAGUUCUAAUGCACACCCAUAGUAGCGCUCUUAGGAAAUUUACUUCAUAAGAAUUCAUGGAUUAUAACCAAAGACAAGAUUAGAGAAGAAUGCUAGGUAAUCUUGAUGGGAUAUGAAAAUAACUUUGCUGGAACAGUUGGUCAUAGUGGUGUUGUGCCGUUCUUUGAAGGGGAAAAUGCUGCUGCUGUUUUCUAGUCUGGGGCUGCCAGACAUUUUUGGGGGUGCAGGUCAGGCUUAGUGGGCCCAGAUGCUGUUACCAGGAAGACAGGGUUCCUAUGAUAUUAACAGUAUGAGGAUGGAAGGGUUUACACUUAGGGAAAACAAGUUCCCACAAAUACUCUGCUGAUGCAUUCAAACUGAAUUUAAAUUUGUCUUGUAAUGCAGGACUACUAAUGAUGAGAACAGAAUUAUUUUGAAGGAGUAAUAUUUUACUUAAUUAAGUAAAAUUGAUUGCAAAUGUUCAUCUAUUAACUGCAAUGUGAUUUUACAUAAUUCAUCAUUGAAAAUAUGUUUUCACACAGAUAGAUACCACCAAAUACUGUCAGUUCUUAAGCAUGUGCUUUUGAGCCGAGUCAUCAUUUGCAGUGUAUUUGUAGAAUUCUAUUAGGUUCUGCUCUUGGUAUUUACUCUUUAGCAUAUCCUCACGUUAUAGGUUAGUCAUUUCCUGUUCAGGGUUAGGUGGAUGCUUCUUGAUUGUACAGCUGGAUAGGUUUUGAAAUAUGGAAACUUUCUGUGUACUUGGAUUGAGGUUCAUAAGUGCAGCUGGAAUUGUAGUUGGAUGUAGAAAAUAUAGUCACUGGAAAUAUGUGUGAGUGUAGGUCUUCUUUUAACUUGACAGCAUGGAAGUAUGUAAGCCAGCUUGACAUGACUUGUGAUUUAAACAACAUCAGUUGCCCUUAAAAUGAUUUUGUUGCAUUGUAAGUUGAACAUACAUGUGCUGUUUAGCCUUGUGAUUAUAGCCUCAAAUUUUUAAAGAGACAUACAUUAUCAAGCCUUCAGUAUCAGCUAAUUUCUAAAGGUGUUCGUUAAUGGUCAUUGAAGGCCAUUCUUUCAUUAAGAGACAUUUCAGUCUUGUUCUGAGCUCAAAAAGUUGCAUCUAAACUCCACUGCCAUCAAACUGCUAUGUAGUUGUGCAGGCUGUUCUGGCAAUAUUUAAUAAACCUGUAGAGGGGAUGAGAUUCACCAUUGAGUUUAUUAGUUCCGUUAACUUGAUUGAAAUGUUUUCCACAAAGUCCCUGCUGAUAAACAAGUACCUGUUGAUGUGCAGCCAUCAACCUUACACAUCUGUUUUCACAGUCUGUCAAAACUAAGCUGCUGUUUUAAUCCAUAUAUAUCUUUGCCAUCAUCCGUUACAGUACAUCGUAGCAGAUUCCACUUCAGGUUCUAAUGAAUUGGUGUUUUCCUCAACUUCUCUGAAAAUUUUCGUACCUGUAAUUGUUCCGUGCAGACUGUUCUCAAAAGCUAAUUCUUGGGUCACUGCAGCCUUAGCAUUGACUUCUCAGAUAAGACUGGGUAACCUCUGUUGAGUCAUCAAAAGCCAAGCACAGGCAAACUCAUUUUCCGUAUUUUUAGUUGACUGUUGGUGACACCUCCAUGUCCUCAGGCCUCCCAGCCAAUGGUUCUUGCUGACAAGCUGCUGUCAAACAAUUCAGUUAACCCUGACUCACCUGUCAGUAAGCAGCAUUCCUCCCUUGGCUAACAAGCCGCUUGGAAAGUUAACUUUGAUUACACCCUUAAUGAUGUUUUUGUGUGUGUGAAUAAAUUCUCCUGUGAUGAGGUAUUUUCAUUUUCUAACUGCUCUGACUGUUGCUUUCCUGUGAGCUAGGAAUAUUGUGAUGAGUGCUUAUUCUGCCAAUGUUGAAAUCUAUUUUAGCACAGCUGAAGUAUCAUUGCAUAAUAAAUACAAUGCUUUGCCAUGUAAUUGUGUAACAAAAAGAUCCACACUCCACUGUGCCUUAAAUGCGCAACACUCAAAGUUCACUUUUCUUUACUUUUUGACAUGAUGAAUAUGCACUAGUAAUAAAAAAUAAUAAUAAAAUAUCUAUGACAAUAUGUGUGUCACUUGAAAUACUGUUAAGUUACCAUUACUGAGGUUUAUGGUGUUGAACAGCAGUGAGAAGCAAUCGAAGUGCCACAUGUGGUCUCUGUCACAACUCUUCCACUCUGCUUUUGUAGCAUGAAAGCAGCCAUACAUAAUAUGUAAACAGAUGAGCAUGGCUGUGUUCCAAUAAAA